AGCGCAUGUGUGGGUUUGAGAGCGAUGCCAUUCGUUUGACAAAAUCUUGCGUCAUAGCAAUUGCAUGAGACGGAAUCUGACAAAGAAUUUAGCUGCGGCAAUUGGAAAGAAAAAUCUUGCUCAUCAUCAGAAUCGUGAUCAUGAUACAAGGUGAUAAACAAACACACAAGCCACCUCUAGACAUGUGCUGGAUAUAAUUAUGUACCUACCUGGCCUGCCUGCGUACGCAAAAGUCCUAGCUUAGGUAGAUAGAUAUACAUCAUUGCAUCGACGACCGGAUGGAGAGCGCCUUGUUUCUUGCCCUUCCCCUCUCUCGUCUUUUUCUCUUUCUUUCCCCCUCUUCCGUUGCGCUCUCGUCUUGCGAUACAUACCUACUCAUAGACCUUGUUCCGAGUCCGAAGACUGAAGUAACCCGUUUCGACGGGAAAUCUCUUGGCUACGGCAAGGGGUGUCGUCAUAGUCGCCCCUCCGCAUGGCGAGGAGAUUGGAGAUGUCGAACGCGAGUGGCGGAUGAUUGGCUGGCCGGUGCCCAGCGGGAUAUACUACGUAGUGCCUCGCAGGCCUGCCCGCCCUCCGCAAGUCGAGCAUGACACAAUCCAGCCGUUUCCAAUGGGUGUGAGGCC